AUGGCUAAUAUCGACGAAUGCGCCGGUCCAAGAAUCAGCGGGAACAUUUCCAUCGAUCUAAGCUCAGUCCCGCGCUUCCGCUACCAUGAAAACGACAAGAGAGCAAAGAACUUCAGUUGCAGUACAGCAGUUCUUAAUGCACAGCGGCGCUCAGAGUGGUCGUUAAUGGCUUGUCCCGUAACUCAAACAGCCGGCAUUGUUUCAGCCACGGAUAACAUCGGUGAGGUCCUUGAUCCAAACAGCGGUACACGGUAUGGAAUGAACACUUACAUGCUGUAUGGUGUGGGUCAACACGACAGGCACUUGGGUCGCUGGCUCAAUUACUGUAAGCGACAGAUGAUCUUCGAAGAUGAUGACCGCGGACCGAUUGUCUCGAAUCUCAGGUUGGCAUCUGAAGCAGACUACAUUAGCAGGCGCGAAUGGCUUAACAUUCCCACGAACGACCCACUAGUGACCUUCUCGCUUUCUCUCUGCUACAGCGCUUUCAACGAGACCGUAAUAUCAGCGCUAGCAGUUGGCGCAAUCGCACAGAGCCAAGCAUCGAAUGGGACUAUGACAAUCGCACAUUUAGUACAGAAGGAAUUCGUCUCCAAAUGGGGACUGUUGGGCUCAACAAGACUGGUCCGUCGUCCAAGGUCAAUGAUACACUCGCAGAGCGAGGGAUUCUCAGCCUCGCACGACCAGAGCCGGAUUCUUCAAGCUCAAGCGCAAGGCGUGACGUCUGGGUCUCUAGUGCCAAUAUGA